GGGGAGGAGAAACAGAUCACAUGACAUUGUGUUUCUGUCUGGUAGAGGCUGGGGCGUGUGUGUGAGCUCAUACACACAGACAAACUGAAGGACAAUUGCUGAGUCAGUGUGAGAAGACUCUUCAUCUGUUCUUUCCUCUCUGUUUACUUACAGGGACGUGGUAAAUAAUACAAAGAUGGCAAGAAAUCUUCUGAAAAAUCCAAACGGAGAAGAGAUGACGGAUUUCUGGGACCUGACGGAGAACGGUGGAACCCAGUGGUGCGUGGAGGACAUGCCCGGAGAUUGUGGACAUGAGUUCAGCAACGAGACUGUAACCAAAUUCUUCUCCACCUCCUUUGAACUGUGUCUUAAGAGUCAGACGAUUGAUCUUGUGGCAGAAGGCUACGCUCCUGAUGACUUGGACAGUCAGCCAGCGGUCACAAUUGAGGACUGGUACUGUAGCCGAACAGACUGUGGCUGUACGUACCAGAUAUCCGUCUGUCUCCUGGAUGAGAAUAAGGAGGUGUUGCAGGAGUACAAGCCCGAGAUUGUGACCAUUGACCCGGACACUGAUGACUGCUCAUGGAGACAGGUGACCCACACGUUUACUGACUACGGCCCGGGUUUGCGCUUCAUCUCUUUUGAGCACGGUGGAAAGGACACCAAAUACUGGAACGGCUGGUUUGGCGUGAGAGUGACGGGGAGCUCCGUCACGAUAGACAUCUAGAAGUCUAUGGAGAGUCGCGCGGAUCCGAUAAUAGCCUAACCACGAUCUGGAGCGUCUAGAACCUACAGUAGAGCAGUGGUUCUCAAAGUGGGGACCGCCCAGGGACCGUGAAGUGAGAGCAUAAACCUCAGGCUCCGACUGACACGUGACCAGCACUGUCCUGAAUCUGGCAUAGAUCUACCGGUAAUAAAGCAAUGGCAAUGAUGAAGAGAAGGAAUGUUUUAAACGUAUCAGAGUUAAAACCAGCUCUAUUUGAGAAAAAACUUUUUUUUUUUUUUUUAGAUAAUACUCGAUUUAUGAUUGUUGAACCUUUUCUAUUGAUGCAUUGAUCCAAAUUGUCCAAUCACUUGAUUAGUCCCAGGUGUGAAAUCCCAGUUUUACAGCAACAGGAAAGAGAUAACGAGAAUUUAAGACAUAAAAGACGACACAGCGAUGGAAAACUAUUAUUAGAACGUAAAAUAAUAGAAACUGAGAUGUAAUAUAACCAGAUACGCUGCUUAAAAAAGUUGUUCUUACUCACAACCACCACUAAAAUAUGUAUUAUUCAGCUCCUGUAGUCAGUUGAACUUCGAAAUCUAAAUGAAAAUGUGUUCUGUUUUUGUUGAAAGUUCACAAAUAAUAAUUUAAAACGCUCCUAUAAACAGACAUUAAACACUAAACCUGUUAUUAAAGCGGUCCCUGGAUGCACAAAGUUUGAGAACCACUGCUCUAGAGGUUAUUAGUAAGAUCUAUUUGAGUCACUUACUGUGCUUUUAGCAUCCUAGAUAGAGCGUGAAGCGUAUAUGCAUUGUGCACUGUAUAGACUUAUUACUGCUGAAUGUGUGCAUCUACUAACAGCUACCUCUACUCACACUCAUACUAGUAAUAAUAAUAAGAAUAAAAUACUCUGUGAACACACACCAGUCAGGCUGUUCCUGACCGCUCGUAAAAGAACACACAACCAAAUAAAAAAUGUAUGCCAUG